AUGCUGAAGAUCUCUGGAACUCCAACACCCGGAAAACCUCAGACUUCCAUUCAUUGUUCUGUUCAAUUCCAUCCUUGCAUUGAUAUACACAAGGGUAAAGUGAAACAAAUUGUUGGAUCAACACUUCAAGAUUUAAAGGGGGAUGGGUCUAAUCCUGUGACCAAUUUUGAAUCUGAUAAGUCAGCGGCUGAGUAUGCUGAUCUUUAUAAAGAGGAUGGGCUUACUGGUGGUCAUGUAAUUAUGCUUGGAGCAGAUCCUUUAAGCAAAGCUGCUGCCUUAGAGGCAUUACAUGCUUAUCCAGGCGGUCUGCAAGUUGGAGGUGGAAUAAAUUCUGACAAUUGUUUGAGUUACAUUGACGAAGGAGCAAGCCAUGUCAUUGUCACAUCUUAUGUAUUUAACAAUGGACAAAUGGAUCUCGAGAGGCUCAAAGAUCUUGUACGAAUUGGUGGAAGACAGGGGCUUGUGUUGGAUCUCAGCUGCAGAAAAACGGUCAAAUAGAUUUAUUUGUAUUAAAUAGUUUAUUCUAUCCCGGAAAAAUAAAAAUUCUGGAAGAGUGAUUUGGCACUAAUGUGUAGCACAACUCUAGUAACUUGAGAUUUCAGUAAGAAUUUUCUUUUAUGGACUUGUGAAUACUGUGAUUUAAUAUUCAGCUAACAGGUAUAAAAUAUUCAAGAGCAAUCCUAUCUAA